AUGGGCUCUGGGGCAAUGACGGCGGAGACGCGCGCCUCCGUUCUGCUCGAGCUCGCGAAGCAGGUCGUCGCUGCCCGGCGGCUGGGGGAGACGGCCGAGAGCCUCGCGCGGCGGCCGCUGCUCCUCCACCGGCACGUGCUCCGGACGGCCAUCGACUGGAAGAAGAUCGCCCGCGCCCUGUCCGAGGACCGGAGCAGGAUCUACCACUGGUACCGCGAGACGCACUCGCGGAGCAUCCUCAACGUGAAGAUGACCGGCGAGGACCGCAGGGCCAUCAAGGCGAUGAUCAUCGCCGGGGUCAGGGACCGGAGCAUCCUGGGCCCGGACUUCUACCGCAGGGUCCACGAGCGCUUCGGGGCGAAGUAUCCGCGCCAGGAGCUGCGGAUGACGUACAACAACGCGCUCCGCACCCAGGACGUCCGCGCCGCCCUGGAGGAGCACGGGGUGGUGCUGCCGCGCCGCACAUACGGCCCGAGGGCGGCCAAGCAGGAGGAGGAGGCAUCUCCUGUGACGGCCUCUCCCCCGCCCCCCUGCGUUCUUGGUUGCGCCACGCCUCCGCUGGUGCCGCCCGUCGGGGGGCCGGUCUUUGUGGCCCCGGGCGCGGUCUCUGCGCUUCUGCCCCCGCACGCGCCGGGGUGCCUCGUCCUCGCCCUCCCGCCCGGGGUCGUUCCUGGGCCCGGCGUCCUCCCGCUUCAGACGGGCCAGGGUCUCCUCGGGUCGCCCGUUGCAUUCGCAUGCGUGCCAUGCUUCCCCCCUGCGGGCUAUGGAGGGCAGAUGUGUCUCCCCGUAGGAAUUAACUCAAUGGAUCCUAAUAUGCAUCUCGAGAAUGCUUGA